AUUGACUGUAGUGAAGUAACGUUCAGGUGUUUUUUACACUAGAAUUUUCUAAACGACAACAAUGUCUAACGGUGUGGAUUCCGAACUUCGUCCAAGAUUGUGCCAUAUCUUAAAAUGGCCUGAUUUUCAAGGUUAUGGUUUUAAUUUACAUGCCGAGAAAGGUAAAGCGGGACAAUUUAUAGGUAAAGUGGACGAAGAUUCACCUGCCAGUUCAGCCGGCCUAAAAAGUGGCGAUCGUAUCGUGGAGGUCAAUGGCGUAAAUAUCGGUAAUGAAAAUCAUCAGCAGGUUGUCAAAAGAGUUAAACAGGGAGGCGACCAAACUAAACUUUUGGUCGUGGAUGACGAGACCGAU